ACCUGAAGGAGAACCAGCCGGAAGUCAACAUGAGCAAAUGUCUGAUCAGCAAGGUGGAGGUGCAAGGCUUCAUCGAGCGGUGUAUGACAGGUGUGGGCACCAAGCAGCAUCAUGCCCGCAGCCUGGCCGAGGUGCUGGUGGAGGGGGACCACAGGGGCCACUACAGCCACGGACUCAACCGGAUGGACAUGUACGUUAAGGACAUCCCCGGAAUCUGUGCCAAGGACGGUGAGCCGGUGGUGGAGAAGGAGAGCGCCGCCACAGCUCUGGUGGAUGAAAACCUGCUGGGUCCUGUGGUGGGAAACUUCUGCAUGAAUCUGGCCAUUAAGAAGGCCAAAGAAGCUGGCAUCGGCUGGGUGGUGGCACACGGUUCCAACCAUUAUGGUAUUGCUGGAUAUUACUCAAUGCAAGCUCUGAAGGAAAACAUGAUUGGCAUGUCCUUCACCAACACGUCUCCACUGGUGGUUCCCACACGUGGUAAAGAUUGCACUUUGGGCACAAACCCCAUCAGCGUGGCCGCUCCGGCUAAAGAUGGAGACAGCUUUGUUCUGGACAUGGCCACAUCAGCAGUAGCUCUUGGAAAGGUGGAGCUCCAUGAGCGGCGGGGGGACACCAUCCCUGAGGGCUGGGGCUGCGACGCCCAGGGGAAACUGACCACCGACCCUAAGAGGGUCCUGAGCGGAGGAGGGCUGGUGCCCGUCGGAGGCAGCGAGGCCACAGGAGGGUACAAAGGCUAUGGACUGGGGAUGAUGGUGGAAGUGUUCUGUGGCAUUUUGGCCGGUGCUCAGUACAGCAAUCAUGUCCGGACGUGGAAAGUAACCGACCGUGUUGCCAACCUGGGUCAGUGUUUCGUUGCAAUCAACCCAGAGAACUUUGCUCCCGGGUUUACCGACAGGAUGUCAGACCUCCUGUCCAUCCAGAGGGGGAUGGAGCCUGCUGACCCGAGCUGUCCAGUUUUGGCUGCUGGAGAUCCAGAGAGGAUGAACAUGAAGAAGUGUGAGGAGAUGGGCGGGAUCCCCUACCACAUCAAUGUCGUCAACUACAUGAACGAAUGUGCCAAGAGAGUUGGUGUCAGCCCGCUGCUGCCAUGUGACAAUCUCAUCUCCAACUAGUGGAUCCAGUCACGAGUCCCAGCGCGGGAAACCUUCAGCUUCUGCUCAACUUAAAGUUCACAUUGAGGUACAUGGGAACAAACCUUUGUACAUGCAAAUUGUUCACGUGUUGACAAUCAUAUCUUAUCCGUAUAACAGCACUUUCCAGGUAUUUUAAUCUCUUCUUUAACAUGUAACACAAAACAUUUCCCAUUUCCAUGACAUUUGUGACAUAAGACC